UCUUCUGUCAUGGGCUAUCCCAAGAGACUUAGUUCCCCGUGCUGUACAGUAGGACCAAGGUUAUGACUUUGAAGAAGCAGCUGUAGAUGUGUCACCUUGUCUUUUCCUUUCCAAUGGCUACAAGUAGGAGACUCUGCUGUUUUACAGAGAAGAAGGAGUCCUGGUCCCAUUUGAAGGGAAAAUACCCUCUAACCAGGAUUACUUGAGCUAAAAUGUUACGGGAUGGAAAAACAAACUUUGUGUUAAAUGAGCAGUCUUUUGAAGUUUACUUGUCACAGCAACUGCAUCACCCCAACCAAUAAAGUAUAUCCAUUUAUCUUAGGGAUGCAAUCCCUUCCCACCUUUCUUGUUGAAGUAUACACAGCGAUCUACAACUCGUCACACGCUGGUGUGUCCAAUGUGAGCUCUCCUGGUAUCUAGGCUAUCGAGGUCAUCCUCAUGCUUCAUAUUCUCUACCAAAUAUAAGCACAUUCUUUGCACUUCUGGCCUUUCCCUCUUAACAGUAAUCCAGCGCUAUCCCCCUCAACAUCCACUCCAGUUUAGAAACCAGAGUAAUAACUUAUUCUAUCGCUGGCCAUUUUCAGUUCAGUUUCUUUCUCAUUUCCUUCUUUACCAAGUUAUGCUUUGGCUUCCACUGCAUAAACUUCUGCUUUCUGGAUGAAGAUGCAUAUCGAUUCUAUUCCUUAAACUCAAAUGUAUUUCCCCACCGUGUGAAAGGGAAGCUGAUUUCAGUUCUUUCAUUAAUCUGCUCCUGAGUACAAAAGGAGUUUUCUGUCUCAGCCUCUCACGGGCACUGCCUGACCCACUCAAAGCAUCUCAGACAUGCUGGAGGAAGAAAGAGACACUUCUUUCCAGUGGGAUAACCCAACACAAAGCCCUUACCAAAAAUAUCUGUCUCCUACCAAAAAUUCAGGAACAUGGUGCCUUGUGGUGGUGAUUUCGUGUAUUUUUUGCAUGGACUCAUUAGCAACCUGUAUUUUCUUGGGCAUCAAGUGUAAGUACAAAAGAAUAUCUUCAAAAUCUUGUAACUGCAACCCUUGUCCAGACAAUUGGAUUCAGAAUGAAGAAGGUUGUUACUAUGUCUUUGACUGGAAAAUUUGGCACACCAGUAAUGAGGAUUGUUUAAAGAAGGGCUCCAAGCUUCUACAAAUAGACAACAAGGAAGAAAUGAACUUUAUCACUGGCAGCCUAAGGAAGAUCAAAAGCAGCUAUGGUUACUGGGUGGAUCUGUCUCAGGACGGGCCCAGCCAGCCUUGACUUUGGCAAGAUGGCUCCUCUCCUUCCCCUGACCUGUCACCAAUGCAAGAAUGCCAAUCAAUCAACUAGGCCUAUGGAUACCUCCAAAACAUAUUCCUUUAUUACAACUGCAGCCUUUGGAAAUAUUUUAUCUGUGAGAAGUAUGCAUUAAGAUCUUCUCUCUGAAAGAAAUUUUGCUUGAAGUGAUUUCCCUAUUAUGAUAAUAUUUGCAACAGGUUGUUGGAAAACCUACCACCAGGAGCCAAAGAGCCAGUGCAGAAGUAAACCAGCGUGAGGGCUGUGAAACCAACUACCUGAGACACAAAACCUAGCCUUCAUUUACGCUUGGUAAGAUUCCUCAAUACUUACCAAACAUUCAUUUGACAUUGCUUAAAUGAACUCCCACGAAUAAAAUUGAUGUAGAGCGACAGAGGACAAAACCCUAAAGAGCUGAGAACAUGCUGCAGAAAAACAAUUUCCAUUUGUCAUUUCUCACUCUCCCUGUCUUUUUUUUUUUUUUUUUUUUUUUUUU